AUGUCUAGCAAAUGUGAAAUAUGUCAUGAGAUUGAAUUCAAGUAUAAAUGUCCUAAAUGUUUGAAAAAAACCUGUUCCUUAAAAUGUUCUCAAGCCCACAAGAAAGAUGAUAACUGUUCAGGAAUCGCUCACGAUCCCACUGUUUAUAUUCCCCAUGAUACAUUGAAAGAAGCUGAUGAUGAAAAUCAUGAGAGCAAUGUAUUGGUUCAGAGGGAUUUCAAUUAUUUGACAAACCUUAAAAGAGUGGUAGAGCUACAGAAAGUCGAUGGGAAAACCAAAAAUAAAAGAACCUUACAAAGUUUCAAUAAUAAUAAUACAAAUAAGAGAGCGAGGUUUAAUAAUGGACCAGUUUCAGAAAGUAAUAGAGUAGUUAGGAGAGGCGUUAAUUGCCUUUUGCUACCAAGGGGUAUGCAACGUUCUGUACAGAAUAGAAGUAAAUGGGAUAAACCUCUGGAUGUAUUCGUAUGGUCGAUAGAAUGGAUAAUCUGUUCUGUAGGAAAGAAUGAUCAAAGUAAAGAAGAUACCUCCAAUAAUCUUUCCAAGGAGAAGUCAGUGGUAAAAUAUGUCAGUCAUAGAUUUAAGGAAACUGAUUCUAUUGUGGGAGGAAUGAGUAAUAUCGUAUUUGAAAAAUGUUGUAAUGAAUUUGGCAUUCCAACCCCAGAGAAAGGUAGUAAUACACCCGAUGUUGACAAGGCAGCUAUCAUAAAAGAAAAUAACUGGAAAUUUUAUAUAAAAUGGUUUCCUUAUAAUAACACGAUGGUGAUGGAUUCCAAAAAUUUGAUACAAAUCGAUGCAUCUGAAAAAUGUAUAGGAGAAAUAUUAAGAGACAAGACUGUCAUCGAAUAUCCGACAAUUUUUAUAAGUCAGACGGAAGCUAAUUUACCAAAUGAUUUUACUGUCAUUGAAGAACCUAAAUAUGAGGAGAGAACACGGACAUUUGGUUCUGAAAGUACUGUAUCAUCUUCGAAUGAAAACAGGAAACACAUAACGAAGAAAUUGAAUAUACAAGUUAAUGAUGCUGACGAUAACGAACCGCCUGAAGAAGAAGCUAUUAGAAUAGGUCAUAAAAAUACUGAGAAUGAUGUUGCGAAAGAGAAGAAGUCCAUCAUAGCUCCUGUCAGUGAUGAGGAUAGUGACGAUUAUGAACCUGGCUUAAAUAUUGAUUUCCUCGCUAGCUAG